UCACGACCACGGCGGUCAGGACGGUUGGGUAUUCCUCUCACUCGGGCGACGUUGGACGCGGCGCCUGCUUUCCGCCCUAGCUAUAGUUUAGUAGUAGCUGUCUCAAAUGGACACAACGGUCAUGAGCAUAGACUCAUGGCGACAAGACACGUCAAACAUUUUCAUCUGCUCCACUUGUCUCGGUGAUACUCAGAUGACAGCCUCGCGCAACCGCCUGUCCAACCCGGCCAUGUCUCACCACGGCUGCAGAUCACGCCAACCCCUCACCGUCACGUGACGGGGCACCCUUUGGUACAGUGUUUGGCUUAGAGAUAAGCACAAGCCCUCACAAUGAGCACAGAUGAGACACGCCCAGGCCCAAUGCGCCGUCUCGUUAUAUUCCCGUGGCGCUUUAGAGUUUGCAUGCUGCGCAGUGCGUGGUCAGAGUGGUAAGACGAGGCACAGCUGGUCUCUCCACCGGUAUUCCUUCUGCCUGUGCUACAUUCGCCAGGAAGAAUUUUUCGCGCAAUCAGGCAUGAUCCAGAAGCCAGCCACGCCCAACAGCGUUCGCAGCAAGUCAUGUUCCGGUGGCGAUAAGCAGACACACUUGGACGUUGUUGAGGGGUUCCAGCGAGCAGGACGCACCCACUUAGUCGCAGCCUCCCCUUGCCUUGGGAAUAGGCAGUGUGCCCUUGAAAACACCAACCUUGGGCCUGCGCCUGCAUGCCCUCCACACAUUGGUCCGCCGUCGCCGCACGCCCUGGUCCGGCGGCUGCGAUUGGCCAUGUCUGCUGCAGGUGGGCCUCUCCUGCUUGGCUUCUCCGCACUUUUGUAUGAACGGCCCGUACUUUGUCUGGGUUGCCGGCGACAGGGCUCAUCCCGCCAGUCGCUAUGCGAGCUGCGAGCAAGAAAAAAGCAACUCGAUCCCACGCUUCGUCAUGCGGCAUUUGCACGCAUCCAUGAGGGGGAAGUCGCCAUGGCGCAACGCUGCCAGCCGUCGUCGAGUUGCCCUUUUUGUCAUGCGCGCAAAACGGCGCGCUUUCGUCAUUGCCAUGGGCCGGCUGCUGCCUCAACGCACAAAUUCUCCCUUCUGCUGCUCACUCGCGCCUUGACUCUCUCACGGUCCUCUUCCGCAAUGCCAGCUCAUCCGGCUCCACUUCGCAAGCGAGCCCCAGGAUUAGCUGGCAAUGUUUUGCGCAGCUUCGCCUUUCAACAGGCGUCCCAGCCAUGGCGAGACGGCGGCUUCCUGCUACUCCCCAUCAUUAGGUCAUCGCUGCAUGUGCGACGCUUGCCCGUCCUCGUGUGACAUGUAUCAACGCGGCCGUGUCGUCUUCACACCACUCACAGCUCACCUCGCUUGCAGUUAGGGCCUGGUGAACUGUUCCGAGAUCCGAUCACCUCCAAGGAUCGAUAUUCUGUUAACCGCCACGGGCCGCUUCAAGCAUUCCAGAGUCUCUCAUGCUCCCGCAAAGGACCGACACAGAAUACACUUUGCAUCCAUACACACUCGCUGGGUCCUGGCUCCGGUCGCGAUAUCAGCCAAGGGUGCAGCCGCUACGGCAAAAUUAGGUCCGGAACUUCAGGCAUCCUGCAAGGACCACGAAUUGAGAAGGCUCGGAGAGUACCAACAACUCCCCGACGCUGAAUCAAGAGUCACACAGGGCGUGUUGAGCCUCAUCGAGGCCCCCUGAACCUGCUUCGGUACCAAAGUGUGACAAAAAGCAA